AAAUUCUAUUGUAUCCUGGAGAGCAGAGCUCUUGGAAUCCCCUGUGAGGUCAAUAGUGUUGUAGCAACACCAAGUGCCUUUAGGAUAUUCGUUCAAUGUCUAUACAGUUUUUCUAUAGACAUGUUGUCAAGACUUAGGCAUCUACUUGAUAGAGAGAAUGGACUUCGUGGAGAUACCAGAGCAAGGCAGAAGGAAGCUGACCCUAGGUCUCACUGGAAAGAAUGGAGAAAUCAGUGGUCCUGGGGAAGAUGUAGGACUACUGGGAAGACACCAACUCAAACCUCCACCUCCACUGAGCAGGAGCAGCAGAUGACAAAGUUGGAGAAACUCACCCUUCAGCUACAGAGUAUAACAUAUGAGCGAAUUGAACUGCAUGGAAUCCUGACCAGUUAUACAGAUAUGGAUUUGCAGAACAGGCUGAAUUCUUUUGGGAUGCUAAAAAAGGAGCAUAAGCAGGUGAUGUCGGCCUUGCAGAAAUUGCCCAUGGAAAUCAGUGAUGAUGUGAACAAGGUCAAACAGCUGAUUGAGGAGAAUGUAUCCUACAGUUACCUCCACAGCCAGGUCCUCCGAGAUUGGACUCAGCGGAAGGAGAGUGUACAUGUGCUGAGACUGAAGAACAGACAGCUGUGGAAGGAGCAGAUUGAACUGCAUGAGUCCUGUGAGGAGCUGAAGAGGCUCUUGAAGGAGGCCCAUGAGAUGAUCUGUGACCCUUCUGCUGAGCAGCAGCAGGAGCAAGAGAGCCUGGAUGAAAGACUGAAGGACCUGCUGAAGCAGAAGGAGCUGGUCACCCAGCAAGGGGACUUGGCAGAAAAGCUGCAACAUCACUUCAGUGUCUCUGAGAUGAGAAUAUCACCUUUAGAGAGAAGUUCCUACCUUUGCGCAGAUCUGGAUGCAGCACACUCCUGCUGAUUACAGGUUCUCUGCAGUGUGAAUCUGUUUCCUGUGAAAAGGUUUUUCUGUUAUAAGAAGAUUGAGGAGUUGAGGAGUUGAACUGAGGCAGGAUUCUGUUCUUUACCAAUAAUCAGAUCCUUCACUGCUUUUCUUUUGUAGGCUCUCCUAGAGGGUCUACAUUCAAUGUCCAAGGUUGCUUACAUUCAUCUGUAUCUAAUCAGGGCCAUGUAUAUCUGCCCUGAAGUGUUACUUAGUCAUUACUACAUUGUUAUUUUUCUCUCAAAGUAAUAUAUCUAGACACCUGGAGAAAUGUGCUGUAUUUUCUUGCCCAGCACACUGUAUUUUUCAGCUCAUCUUCUAGCAGAUUUUAUAAGCUGAGAAAAAAAUCAAGGCCCAGGUAUACUCUGACCCUUCUCCCUUGGGGAAUGCAGGGAAUGCCCUCAGCUGAAAGGUCGUGCUGGAUUGUCCAGCUGACUAGAGCUGGUUCAGGCUCAAUAACUGACAUAAUAGGUCCCCACCAGGCCUGGUCCCUAACUGCCUUCCUGCUCUAGGUCAGAAAAUCUCCAGUCUGAGUUUGAACAGGCCACAGCCCAGGAUGAGAGCCUCCUGCAGACAGAGCUGCUGCAGCAGGAGCACUAAGUCUCACAGGCAAGUGAGCCACCAUUGCAUCCCAUCCCCAGCAAACAUGGUGUUGGUGGGAGACUGGGGGCUCUUGACCUUGGCUUCCAGUGUGAAUAGGCCUUGAUUUUUUCUGGCCUGUGGCCCAGCCAGGCUGCUUCUGGUUCUGAUUGCCUUUCCUUUUCAUGUAGCAGAUCUGGGGACAACUGAGGAGGCCAAAGAAACCACAGAUGCCUUGAACCUAUGACAUUCUAUACUCUGAGAUCAAGGCCUCCUCCUCAGAAGACACUCCUUUAGAGCUGUGAACUCACCAGUGAGGAGCAUACCAGCUGUCUUCCAGGUGAUCCAGCCCCAACAGAUCUAUUGGUCUGCUGACUUAGUCUUCUCAAAGAAAAGAAAGAAACCAAAAAUGAGCUUGAGACACUGAAAAUCUGAGCCAAGAUUUACUGAGAACCCUGACAUUCAAUAGCAAGUGGCCACUGUGAGGGGUACUACAACAUGAAGGGUAGAGAUGUUGGUGAGCAAGACUGUUUCUGUCGGUUUAAUGUUGAUGGCUUUGGCAAGCUGACUGAGUUCUCAGGCCUCCCUAUGUGGUGUGAAAUGUGUCAUGGAUGAUUGUGUUGAUGUCAAGCUGUUCCUGACAGACCACACCCAAAGGCAUCAUAUUUCAUUCUCCAGUUGAGUGUUGAAGUUGACACAAUGUCAUGCACCAGUGUUGCUGAAGAUAAUGCACCAAAGAGAUCUCCAGAGUCCAUCAUUCCUCGUAUUAGUCAUUUUUCCCUCCAUAUGUAAAAUGAGUGGGUAUUCUUCAGUUUCACAGCCUGGCCUGAAGUGACUGGUCCUGAGAAAGGAUUUACAGAAGACACCUGAGUCAUCUUUGAUGUUCAUGGGCACUCAGAGGCUGCCCAUGGAUUUGUUGGGUCUCCAGUAAGCAUAGAAUUGUCUGAAAGAAUCAAAUGAUGACCAAGACAUUACAGGAUCAGUAGUGGGUGAUAAUUUAUCAAAAGCUUCCCAAGGGGCACAAUGUUUGCUCUAGGAAAUGUCUCAUUGUUAGUCUCUGUGAGGACUUGGCCUACAAAGCCUGAAGGAGGCAUGGCUAUACUAGCUUUGAAAAGGCUUUUCACAAUCGUUGCCUGCCUUCCUACCAUGUUUCCAAGGCCAGCCAGAGGCUGCAGGUCUGUGCUUUAAAUGUGUAGCAAGAGAAUGCUGCUGACCUUAAUUGUUUUUGUUUGGUUUUUGGUUGGGUUUUGUUUGCUUAAGUUUUUUGGGUUUUCUUUGUUAUAGAUUGAGCUUUUGCUAUUUAUUUGUUCUUUCAUUUGUUCUUGUUGUUUUUUGGGUAUUUUGAUAAGGAUAUUCACUGUUUAUGUUGACUGAUCUAUUUAAGCCCCUAUUUAGUAAAAUAACUGUAUUUUUAUUAAUAAUAAAGUGAUUUUGAACUCUUC